AUGAGAAGGACGCUGCUCGAGUUUUUUUUACUGACCGACCGAGUUGUUGUUAUUUGUGUCCGUCCGCUUGUUGUUGUCCGCCGCUCUGCCGCAACGGUCUCCAGCGAUUUCAUGGUUAGGUAGGUGUCGAUGUACAUAUAUUAUUGGUUGUGGAAUAUUGGUUGUGUAUUAUAUGUAGGGAAUAUGGUUUUUUAUUUUGCUUUUCAUUAAUUAUUUUCAUAAUUCAUCAUUUAACGCGUAUGCGAGGUCAUUAAAUAAAAUAGAUGAAUAGUUUUCAUGGUAAUAGAGAUGUGUGGUGUAACCAGGUUAGAUAAAAGAUAUUCUAACAGUAGCCGAUGUAAUAGGAAUGACGAGAGAAAAUAGAUUGGAUUGAAAUGGUUGAUUGGGCACGUUGAGAGAAGAUGGGUUAUAGUUAUUAGAGAGGCGUAGAGGGCGAGAAUAUAACAGUAGCUGACUCCAUCCGCAUUUGUUAAAGAUGAAAGAGAAGGAGAAGAUAACAACUCAUUUUAAUUAAACUUAUUUUCGGAUAAAAAUAUAUUUAAAACAAUGCGGCCCCGACGAUGUCACACGAACAUAAUAUAUUUUAUCGCAAACAUAACGCUAUGUCGUGACGUACGUUUUACAACAUAUUACACGCAUACCGGAGACUGAAAUUAUAUUAUUGUUUUAUUUGGCACAGAUACAUUUCCAAUAUUAUUUUGUUUGUAUAUUAUCUAACGCGCUGUAUAAUUAAUAAAUCGGUGGAAGUACUAAAAUAUUAAUAAUAUUUAUACGACGGUGAUGUGUUUGGUCAUGUACUUACUAACAUAAUAUAAUAUGGGUUUAUAUGUAGUUACUUAAACUCCGGAUAGAAACGAUCCUAAGAAGCCAAGACCAAAAAAUCAUCAUGAGGGAUAAGUUUUAUUUAAAAAUUUCCGACCGUAUUUAUUUUUCCCAGCAUACAACACAGACCUUUCCGAUCUCGCUUUUUACACAUAUUGUUUGGAUAAUAUCCGACUUUGAGACAUUGUACGGUCUCAAUAUUGUAUAUUUAACCUUCUUUAGCCCCGUGAUCAAUUUUUGGUUCAUCCCUGGCAAUGGAGAGUAUUCUCGCCCUUGUUCAUUGGUACUGAUGCGGAUCGUUUGGAAAUGUAUCGCUCAUUUUCGGUUGGUUUUCGCAGAUACCGGAAGUGUUCGAGACUGCCUGCGUGGAGACCACCCACGAGUCCUCCGAACCGGAGCGGAGGAAAGAACCAGAAGCGAGCCCGUAGCGUUGAAGGUCUGCUGGAGACGGCACCCGAGGUUGUACCGGAACCGCAGCUGCACGCCUCUCAGAUGCAGAUGAAGAAAGCCAAGAGCCUGGAAGAGUACUUGGAUGCGUGCGGCGACGUAGACGACUGCGCCGAAGACCGCGGCAGCAUUGCGUCGGCUUCGGCCGGUGACGCCGCGACAAAUAAGCGGAACUUUGUCGACAAGUGCAUAAACAAAGUCAAGUCCUUGAUGACGGCUGGUAAAAAGACCGACUCGAAAUGA